AUGCCAAUACGCGAUUUUUCAGUUUCGGUAGAAGCGGACGACGCAUGUAAGGGAACUACGAAAGUAUUAUUAACCCUUGACAUUUUUAUUUAUUUUUGUAUUUGUUUACAGGCUGAAUUACAAAAUCGAGCGCACCGGCAUCACUACAUCAGAAGAACGCAUUCGGACUUGGGUGGACAACGGUUAUUUCAGUGGGAUUCGCGUUCUUCUUAUCGCCGUAUGAUGUCUUCUCCCGCACCCUUACAGGGGCGACCUCACAGAAUGAGUCCUCGGAAAAAACCCCCUGAUGCUCCGGGCGGCGUUCAGUUACGUGCAACUCAACGUCGUGGGCAACUUAGAAGAUCUCUUAGUCAACCUGUGGAUAUAGACAAAUUGUCGCCAUUGAUGCGUACAAAAACAGCAGGUUUAAGGCUGGGUGGAGCCAACAUCUUAAGCGAAGAUGAGCACGACGGACGAAUCGGAACGUCAGAAGAUGAAAUGAUGUCCGAUUCUGAAUCCUCAAUUGCUUCAUUGACCGAACGAAAAAAGUCGUUAGAAUUGGCUAUGGACGAAGACGUGAUUAUCUUAGCUGAAGCGGUGUUUGAUCAUGUUGCGAUUGAGGCAGAAGAGUUGGCAUUCAGAGCUGGAGAUGUGAUCGAAGUGUUAGAGACUGUUAAUAGGGAUUGGUGGUGGGGUUCGUCCGGGGGCAAGGAGGGUUGGUUUCCAGCGGCUUUUGUACGUUUACGUGUGAGUCAAGAGGAUACUGUAGAAGACUGUUUAGCUGCGAUGGCUUCGGGACAAUCAAUGCCUACUCAAUUACGUAGAAGGACUAGUAUAUCAUUGUUAUCUAACGACCAAGUUAGAACUAGUGUAGUGCGUGAGUUAGUGCACACCGAACGCGAAUUUGUUAAAGUACUCCAAGACAUUGCGGAGGGUUACAUAUCUGAAUGUCGUAAGAGAAAGGACAUGUUUACCGCGGAGCAAAUAGACAUUAUAUUUAUCAAUUUAGAGGACAUAUUAGAAUUUCAAUCUGCAUUUUUAAAAGACUUAGAAUCGUGUAUAGACUGGGACGCACCUUACAAAAGUUGCGUCGGGAACUGUUUCAUUAAACGUAAGGGAGGUUUUGAGAUGUACUCAGAUUAUUGCAACAGUCAUCCAGUAGCCACAGCUUUAUUGCAGGAAUUGUAUCAAUUUAAUAAUUAUUGCAAGUUUUUCGAAGCCUGUAGAUUGAUGAGGGGUCUCAUUGAAAUUCCCCUAGAUGGUUACUUAUUAACCCCAGUGCAGAGGAUUUGCAAGUACCCUUUACAAUUAGCCGAAUUGCUGAAGUAUACUAAGGCUGAUCAUCCAGACUAUCACAAUAUUAAGGAAGCUCUAAAGGCAAUGAGAGGUGUUGCAGUAUUAAUUAAUGAACGGAAAAGGAGAAUGGAGAGUUUAGAAAAGUUGGCGGCUUGGCAGCAAAGGGUCGAAGGGUGGGAAGGAGAAGACUUGAUUGAAUUUAGUUCUCAGUUGAUUCAUCAAGGAGAAGCUGUUAGAAUUACUAGUGGAAUGUGGACAAGUAAUAUUACUUUGUUUCUGUUUGAUCAUCAACUUAUUUAUUGUAAAAAGGACAUUUUAAAAAGAAAUACUUAUGUAUACAAAGGACGGAUAGACAUGAACACAAGUGAAGUCAUUGAUGUUUCAGAUGGAAAAGAUGUUCAAACGGGUGUGAGUGUAAGACAUGCGUUGAGGGUUUACAGCUGUGUAAGAGACAAAUGGAUUUUGUUUUGUCUUCGGUCAUCGCUCGAGAAACAAACUUGGCUUCAAGCAUUUUCUGAUGAACGUCGACUAGUUGCUCAAGAUAAAUCUGAUCGGUUAGACUUCCCACCUGCUGCCAAACAGUUAGCACGAAUUGCGGCUCGAUCGCAAAGGAGACCUCCGCGCAAACCAAGAGGAAAUAAAAGUUACAAGCUAGAUUCAUCCUACAUGGGAUCGUCCCUACAACUGAACUCUCAAAACUCGAAUUCACUCGGUCGUAAAGUAGGUACAUGGUUUACAUUUGGUGUCAAUCGAAAAACAAGACAUCAACAUCGUGAUGUUUCCUGAGAUAAAACAACUUUACUGUAACAAUACGUCAGUUACUUACCUGAAGUUGAGCGCACGGUUGUUAGUGAUAUUAUGUGCCAAAAGUGUAAAAUAUCCGAUGACAUAUUGUUACAGUAGUCAACCAAUAAGUAUUUAGUUAAUUUUUUAAUACCGCAAUAAAAAUGUAUGUAGAUAUUGACUUGCUCGUGAUAAUAGGCUACUGCCAAAUGUGCUGUGCAUAACACUUAAUCUAAGUAUUACGAGGCAUAGACGGCCUAACUCUUCCUACAUUUUCUCAUUGAAAGUCAAAUUUCGACUGAUCCGAACUAUAUAGUUAAUUAUUAUUUUAUUAUGUAUAUUUCUACACUUUGUAUAUUU